AUGAUGAUGUGUGCGUUUGUAUCGUCGAUUAUGCCUGUUUCCCAUGCGACGUCUAGUCCUGAUAUGAUGGCUGGGGCAUUCCAAUUCCUCAAGGGUGUGCAGGCAGUUGGUAUUCGUUGUUUUCCAUGGCUGUUUGAGGGCAAAGCUUUUGAGCUUUUUGGGCUGGGUAAGCAGGGGGGCAACAAAGAACUCACAACUGGACGCUUGUAUUGCGAUUGA